AUGCGGAGGCAAUUGGCCUCGGGAGCGACAGCCAAGCCAUGGAUGAGGAUAUCAGCCCAUCAUUACCGAAGUGUUCACUCUACUGCGAAAGAUCAGAAGCGAAAGACCACUGCGUCCGUCAACCGAGACUUUUCGACCAAUUCAACCCAGAAAUCUGAGGCCGCCGCUUCCGCAACGACCAAACCGUCUCGAUCAUCUUUACGUCUUAGUCAAGAUGACCUCUUCCAUCCAUUUUCAAAAUCACCUGUCCCUGAAUUCCGACAACGGGCUGCUUUUAUGCGACAGCACGCCUACUGCCCCCAUCCUGAUCACCAGCAAACAAAGCUCCCGACAAUUGCCCCGAAACCUGAUGACCCUGAAGCUGCAAACGGCACUCAGCCACCAGAGCAUGUGAACUUUGAGUGUCCCGACUGUGGCUUGCCUGUUUAUUGCUGCGAGGAACAUUGGAUGGACGACUACGAGAAACACCUUGAGGUCUGCGAUACUCUGCGACAGAUUAACGAAGAUGAUCACGACUUGCGAUCCGGCCGAGUGUUCGAGGAAGGCAACCUCCCUGAUCUUCAGAUGGAGCAUGCGGCUAUUAACAUGACAAACUGGGAUACUUUCAUGUACACCAGAGAGUUUGAUGCUGUCAACUCUGACCGUCAAAUGAGACAGAUUACUCGUCUUUUGACGUACCCGGUAACCAUUGGCAGUAUUCUUCAUGAACUUAGCCCAUACAGUAUCAAGGCAGGGGAGCGAAUGACCACAGAAGGACUGAAGAGUUUCAGCGCGUUGCGAUACAACCUACACCCUCCCAAGUCCGGACGAGGAACUGGUGUCGGUGAACUGAAGCCUGAAGCUCCAGCCGUGAGAGUCUUCAUCCUAGGAGCUCGCGCUGAAUCUUCGCUUCCACGACCUGCUUGGGUACAGUUGGCUCAUAUGUUCCCUGAAGCCCGACUUCAUCUCAUUUUUGUUGGGCCUGAAAGCAUGGCCAACCGUGAUGAAGAGUUCCCAUUGCCAGAGCGCACUCCUUCGAACCCUUUUGGUGCCGUAGUUGAGGAUCGUGUCUGGUUCAAGAUGAAGAUCAGCACGAUCGUGGACUAUUACCACACAAUUCACCAGACACAGCACUUUGCGCCAUAUGAUCCUUAUUUUGACUGCUUUGUGUUGUUCCACCCCGGUCUAGGCCAUCCUGCAAGCAGCCAUGAGUGGGAGGAGACUCUCCCUCUUCUGCUGGAGACCAAGGUUCCCAUCAUCAGCACAGGCUAUACCCAAUUCGAUAUGGAACGCGAUGUUGAGUGGGUGAACAAGAAGUCGAAGGGAGAGUUCGACAUUUUGUUGCAACCCGGCGAAAAUAAAUUCAGGAGUCUCAGAUGGGACCUGAACGAUAUGGACCCUCAGGAUGUCAGUUGCGGUAACUGGGGUGUCUGGGCAUUCCGUGGAAAGAGAUACGAGACGGCUACCAGGGAUGCUUGA